AUGAUGCAUAAUCAGCUGUUGUGGCGUCAUUCGAAUAAUGCGACGGAGAGUGCGAUAUAUUCUUUCAAGUGACUCGAUCGUCUACAAUACUUUUCCGUGUUCAAAGUGCGUCGUGGAUGUUGGACGGUGUUGGUGCAUUGUUGUUAUAAAAAGCAAUCUCUUCUAAUCAAGAAAAAAAAUGGAGAUGGUAAUCGAACGAUAUGAAUACCUUGAGAAAAGGAUACUACAAAAUGUCAAAUGCAACGGCGUACAACACCGUGUCGAUCACACCGUUGAAAUAUACUGCUUAUGAUGCAAUGACAAUCGUUAAUUAUAAUUACUAGCAAUGAUGAUGAAAAGGAUGUUAGAGAAACAAGGUUAGGUUUGUAUAUGCAUUUAUGUUAUUUUUUUACAGACCAAACGCAAGCAGCGGAUUAUGGUUAGGUAUCUUGGUUGGUUUAAGCGCUGCAGUUACAAUAAUAAAGGAACAAAACAGCUAUUCUGAAAUAUGUCUGUGUGUUGGAACUGCAGGCUUUGGUCUUGUUCUCUGUUCCAUCUGCCUUUAUAUGCGGCUUUCGAUAGAGAAAGUUGCAGUAAAAGAUUUUCACGCCAUAUAUUUUCUGCCUGCGAUUGUAACAUCUCUACUCUUUCUAUUUAUAGCUAACAGAGGAUUGCUAAUGAGUGUCAUAUGGGGUUUAACUGUCGGGAAUCUGGGCACAUGGAGUGUCCUGCAACUAAUGUCAGCUUUUCCAUAUUGCUUCACAAUGGGUGAGGCAACAGCAAUUAUGCAUAGUUUUGUUCUGUUUUUGAUGUCAGCUGUUACCAAUUUACCUUUACGAUAUCAUUUACCUCCAAUUCAUGACAAUGACAUCAGUACAGUUUUGUUGCAGGUUGGAAUACUGUAUGUAGUGUUGGUGUGUCUUCUGUGUGGGUAUUUUCCUAUCCUGCGUAGUACAAGAUAUUUCUAUUUAAUGACAAUCAAUCUCAUAUGUUUUAUAAUUCUUCCAAUACUUUAUAUUAUUCUCGAUCAAAAUCCGAUAAUGUGGAUAAUUUCUUUUGUUUUCAGCCGUGAAAGGAUUGCAAUAAUUUUAUAUUGGACAAUAUGUUUGUUAUUAAGCAUCUGUACAAUAACUUAUCAGAUUUUAUCAAAAAGCCAAGCAACAACCUCAACUAGAAAAUAUUUUCAUAUAUUAGCGGUACUUGUAUAUAUUCCUGGCAUGAUAUAUGAUCCAUCACUUUUAUAUCUUGCCAGUGGCAUAAUAUUGGCACUAUUUAUUAUUAUUGAGGUAAUCCGACUUUUGAGCAUCCCACCUUUGGGAGAAAUUUUACAACAAGGAUUUACCGUAUUCGCUGAUGAAAAAGACUAUUUGCUCUCAUUGACACCUAUAUAUUUACUCUGUGGUCUAUCGUUUCCUCUUUGGAUGCCAACUAAUAAUUUGACAUUAUUGAUAUUACUUAGCGGCGUGCUAACAGUAGGAAUUGGUGAUACCACUGCUAGCUUUGUUGGUAGCAGAUGGGGUUUGCACAAGUGGUUGGGCACAGAGAAAAGCGUUGAAGGCACAGUUGCAUGCAUAUUUUCCCAAAUUUGCAUAAUAUUUGGUCUAACAUGUUGUGGUUUUAUGGACACUUACUGGUUAUUGCCGAGAAGCAUUUUAGCAGUUAUAUCAAUAUCAUUGAUCGAAGGGCGCACAAAUCAAAUGGACAAUCUGGCUCUGCCAUUAUUAAUGUACAUAUGUUUGAUGAUAUAAACAUGUACUGUUCUUCCAAAAUUUAAUAGCUACAAUUAGUUCAAACUAGAUUUCAAAAACAUAAUAUACUAUCAUUUCGUAGCUAAUUUCUGAUCGCCUUUUAUAAUAAUAAUGAAAAUAGAAAUAAUUUUGACAGAACGUUUUUUAAUAGCCUUUUUUGCUGUCAGAUUGUUAAAGGCAAGGCUGUUAAUUUAUAAAUAUAAAUAAUCUAAUAUUUAAUGUGUCAUUAUGCUGCACAUAUAUAAUUAACCGCAAACAGAUUGUGGAUGACUGUUAGACUGUUUAAUCUGAGAAAGACUACAUCACUUUUAAUUUAUUAUAUAAAAUAACAUACAUAAUUGACAUAAUUAGAAAGAUUACUUUAAUUAAAAAGAUGUAGCAAAUGAAAAGUC